AGCACGGGAAAACAUGUGAGCGUGCUGAGGACUUUAGUGAGAGACAACUUUUAUGUCUUAUAUGUUUUUUUCUGACCCCGCUCAUGCACACACCGCCGUGCUGUGCUCAAAAGGAAUUACAUCUAAAGGAGAACGUCACGGCUCUUUUGCAGUUCACGCUGUUUUGGGGGGUAUUGACUUUUUGAGUUCAUCAGGAUAAAUUGUGUUAUUGUUUUGCUUUUUCUAUUUCAUUUUAUCUUUUCAUGUCUGAACUGCACUAUAAAAGCUGUAGCAACAAUGAUUUAUUUUUAACACCUUUCUUAAUGGCAGUAAAUCAAAUUUAGGACACCUGCUCUGACAAGAAAAGCAUAUUGGGUUAUUUUCUUGUAACUGGCUUCUGCUGCUUGGAGAUAUAUAUUGAGGCUAUAUAUCCCAAUAAAAACACAAAUAUUGCAUUGCAGGUUGAUAUUUUCUUUUAAAGGGAGAUUUUUGUUAUAUUUGUUGUUUUAUUUUUAUGAUUUUCAAACUAUGAAGCAUUUGCAAUUCGUUCUCGUCCUGGCCAUCGCGGUCAACUUGUGGGAAUGUGGAGACGCAAAAUUUGGCGAGAGGGGAGAAAUUAGCCCCAGGAGGAGAAGAUGUUACGACGGAAGCAUGCCCAAGCGGCUGAAGAAAAGGGAGCGAAAAGUGCUGCUUGACGGCAGCAGCAGCGGAGAAGUUUGCCACAGGUUGUAUCCCCGCGUGUCCUGCUGUCCCACCAGGAGAGCCGCCUACCAGAUCCUGCACCGCAGGGAUGCCAGGAUUUUCUCCACCAACAACACAGAAUGUGGACGUCUCCUGGAGGAGAUCAAGUGUGCGCACUGCUCCCCCAAUGCCCAGGUGUUGUUCCACUCCUCAGAGAUGGAUAAGAUGCCACACAGGGAGCCAGACCUGCCGCGACUUUGCCAGGACUUCUGCCGUGAGUUCUACUACACCUGCAGGGGGCACAUACCAGAGCUGUUCCAAGCCGAUGUGGAUGAGUUCUGCCAGUACUAUGGGAGGAGAGAUGCCAGUCCAUGCUUUCCAGAUUUUCAACGAAAGCAACCACAAGGGCAUGAUUCCAACUACUUGGGAGAUGAAAAAAUAGAAGAUAUCAGGAAACCCAAACACAACUGCUACUGUGCCCAGGAGGUGUUGAGUGGUUUGAGGCAGCCGGUGGCCGUGGUGCACUGUGGGGAUGGAUCUCAGCGGCUCUUUGUUCUCGAGAGGGAAGGAAUUGUCAGGAUACUAAACCAUGACCUGGAGCUAAUCAAGGAGCCCUUCCUGGACAUCCACAAGCUGGUGCAGAGCAGCCUGAAGGGUGGAGAUGAAAGGGGCCUGCUAAGCCUGGCAUUCCACCCCAAUUACAAGAAGAAUGGCAAGCUCUACGUCUCCUACACCACCAACCAAGAGCGCUGGGCCAUUGGACCACACGACCACAUUCUCCGUGUGGUUGAAUACACCGUUUCGAGAAAAAAUCCAAACCAGGUGGACACCCGGACUGUACGUGUGCUGAUGGAAGUGGCAGAGCUGCACAGGAAACACCUAGGUGGUCAACUACUGUUCGGCCCUGAUGGUCUGCUGCACAUCAUCCUGGGAGAUGGCAUGAUCACCCUGGAUGAUAUGGAAGAGAUGGACGGACUAAGUGAUUUCACAGGGUCUGUCCUGAGGGUCGAUGUGGACACAGACAUCUGCACAUCACCUUAUUCCAUACCACGGAACAACCCGUACUUUAACAGCACCAACCAGCCACCUGAGAUUUUCGCUCAUGGAUUACAUGAUCCAGGCAGGUGUGCAGUGGAUCGACUUCAGACAGAGAAUGGGAGUCUGUUGAUCCUCUGCACAGAUGCUAGCGGCAAAAACACAUCUUCAGGAAGAAUACUGGAAAUAACUAAGGGGAAGGAUUAUGAAAAUGAGCCUUCAGUCUAUGACCUCCAGUCCACUGGAGGAGCACCACCUGUGGGGGGCUUCAUCUACAGGGGCUGCCAGUCUAGAAGACUUUAUGGCAACUAUGUGUUUGGAGAUAAAAAUGGUAACCUGCGAAUCCUCCAGAAGUCUACAUUGUCAACAUCAGGAAGUGAAGAGCAGUGGCAGGAGAAAGCUUUGUGUCUGGGCUCUGCUGGCUCCUGUGGCUCUAUGCUUGUUGGACACAUUUUGGGUUUUGGAGAAGAUGAAUUAGGUGAAGUCUACAUACUGGCAAGCAGUAAAAGCAUGGUGCAGUCUCACAGCGGGAAACUCUACAAACUCGUAGACCCUAAAAGGCCUCAUGCCCCCAAAGAGUGCCAGCGUCAGGUGGAGCCUCCAGAGCUUCUGAUGACAGCUUGCUCCAGACACUGUAAGAACGGACACUGCACUCCUACUGGCAAGUGCUGCUGCAGCCCUGGCUGGGAGGGACCCCUCUGCAGAAUUGCAAAAUGUGAACCAGUCUGCCGCAACGGAGGAGUGUGUAUGGAGCCCAACAAGUGCCUCUGUAAGAGUGGCUACUCUGGGACCCAGUGUGAGAAGAGUGAGCGGGGAAUGCCCAACGACCAGGAGAAAGACGGCUUACUGGACCACAUCAUUGACAUGACCUCAUACCUCCUGGACCUGACCAGCUAUAUCGUAUAGGGGUGAGCAGAGGGGAGCUGCUCCCCACUGUCACCCUCAAGCUGACACAAAUCUACCUACCACCACCAGCAGACUCUAACGAGGUGAACUUCAUAAGGCUUCCUAAUCUCCCUCACACCAUCACAGGCAUCCACACAAACACAAACAAGACCCAGGUCAGACUGCUUUUCAUCCUCAUCACCAAACUCUUCCUCCUCCGCCUAUAAGCUACUUGCUCCUGAGCACCAGGCCUGGCAUCCAAGCCGUGUUCACUUCUCCAAGAGACCCGCAGACAUCAGCAACAAGCAUGGCCAAGUUAUGGAAGUUUGGUUCACUUUCUCUGCUGUUCAGAAAAAAAGCUCGGGGGCACUCCACGGGAACAGGACCUCUGCAGAGAAUUUGAAACCAGGACUUUGGAUCUUUUCAGGGGCUACCAGUUGCCUUACCUAAGACCCCUCCUAGCAGGAAAAUGGAGUUUGAGGCACUUCAAUUGAGAGGGGUUCUUUAAGGAUUCAAAGUUUGAAGGAAUGGUGUGGCUGAAGGUUCAAUUUGUGCUUAAGGUCCAUUCACAACCCAGCGAGAUAAGUCUUUCUACACAGACUUUGAAGAAACACUCAGCAGCUCUGCCUCUGAUUUCAAGAAACUGAGAGAGUCGUGGGCCACAUAGAGCCCAAAUUGCUUUGUGCUGUACUAUUGUAAAAGGCACUAAUACAAGAGAGAUGAACCAUGUUGUUUCACCUAUGAUGUUGUAUUUAGUUUGUGGGCACAUUGUCAUGAAAUGCUACGACAGUAUACAGCCUGUAUACUCUGCUUUGCGACACUCACUUGCUGUCAAUGUACAGAAUGGAUCUACUAAAAAGGACUGUUACCGGAACGGAUAAAGGAACGACUGUCAAAGCCAGUCUCAAUCUAAACGGAGUCGUCGACUCCCAUGCACUGUAUACAUGUUUUGUUUUCAUUCACUUUAUUAUUCAAAAUGAAUUUGUCAUUAAAAACGCAAUGAGAGUAGUUUCACAUUCACAGAAAUGCACCAUCACCAUCUCACAGGUGUGGUUUUACAAACUCCUGUCAUUGCAUCACACUGAACUACAAAGGGAAGAGAUUGCGCGGUGAUGUAGAUUUCCAAUAGAGCUUACCUAAGUACUACUUAGUAUUGCAAAAAAAAAAAAUAUAGCAUUACUAUUGUUAUCAUAGAGGAGGGUUUAUUUUUUUAAGCGUAAUAAUAUAUGGGAGAGAACGGUGUUUAUAGAAAGCAGUUUUACACUAAGCUUGUCACUUCAUGUCAUUUUCUUGUACUUAAACAUACACAGCUUUUUCCUCUGUUAAGACAGACACAUUAAGUGUGUUACAGUAAUGCAUGUCUGUGCCUGCAUUCGGUAAUUCCAACAGUCAGUCAGCGUCUAUUGUCUGAUUUGUGGUGUGUCAUUACCACUGUCAGAAGUCUGUCUGUUGUGAGUUGAUCAAAGAUCCUGUCAUCCCUCCGAGUCGCUGUGGAAGCAAUCUGAUGACGAUCUUAUCUACAAACAGGAGAUUUAAGAUUCACCUGAAGUCUAAUGGAAAUAUGCUCAGACGCUCUAAUGAGCACCUGACCCCAGAAAACAGCAAAAAACACAGACCGGGUUUGUCUGUCGUGAUGUGUCUUUUCAGAUACCAGACUGAAGUUUACACACAUGCAGCACACAACAGUACAUUUGUUCUUUUGCCUUUCAAAUUCCAGAAAAUUAAUCUUAUGAUUCAAAACCCAUCAGCCAUCGUGUUUUAAAAGUCUUGUAGGAAAAUAUUUGUUUUUAAAUUAAGGCUCAAAUUGAAUUUUGGUAUCCAUGAAGAUAUUUGUCCUCUUCAUCUCCAGCCUUGCUUGUGUUUGCUGAAAGAAAUCAACUCUACCUGGUCAAAAUGGAACUCAUGCUGUAAAAUGGAAAUUAUGAUAUUUUUUUUUAGCACUUAAUGUGAAAGUUGCAUUGUAGCUGCUGAGACGGCGUGGUGUGAAUAGAAUUACCAUUUUCAUUAUUUAAGUAGUUACACAAAUAAAAUAAUUAUUUAAGUUCUCUAUGUUGUUUUUACCAUUGUACUGUAUGCGACAAUUUUUUUUAUUCCUGUAUUGUAAAUAAAACUAGGGAUAACUGUUUCUCUACAGAAAUAUCAAUAUGUCUAUUAAAAUUUAUAGCAUGUCUGA